UCUGGUUCUAAACUGUGUAUCGAUUUAGAAGUUCUACAAGAAAAAAAAAUGUGGGAAAUGGUCUUAAUAUUAGCUAUCCAUAUAUUAAUGUGAGAACCGGAGAUUUAUAUAAUCAAAGAUGAUGUUGUUUGGACUACAUUAUUGGAAAUAUAACUUUGUUUGCAGGCUCAAACAGCAUAUGCGUAUCCACAUCCCUAUUAUGCCGGCAUGAUGGCAACUUACGGUGGACAAGCUCCAAUCCCCCCUCAUUUGUUCGGGAUGCAGCAAGCUGGGGUGCCAUUGCCAUCAGAUGCAAUUGAAGAGCCUGUGUAUGUCAAUGCAAAGCAAUAUCACGGUAUCUUGCGGCGUCGGCAGUUGCGUGCAAAAGCUGAAUCAGAAAAUAAAUCACUCAAGAACAGAAAGGUACAUUUCCUAUACAAACUUCUCCUGUUUUGUGAGUUCCUUAUAAAGAGCAAUGCUGUUUCCGAUUGGUCCAUCUUUAAGCGCCAAAAACCUGUCUUCUACAUGCCGACAUGUAACACAUCCAAGAUCAUCCACUUUGAGAUGUAGUCAUAGGAGGUCACGCUCUAUACCUAAAGACAACCA